AUGUCGCCGCUUAAAAAGAGAAAGUUGAGCCAUAAAGAAAGUGACUCCGGCAAAGAUGUAUCUUCGGAAUCGAGUUCUCCUCUUCAAAGUCCCGACGUCCACAGCGAUGGGGAAGACGACAUUGUGGAAGAGAAGCCCCAGGCCCCAACGACUUUUAAAGAGCUAGGGAUAAUUGACUCCCUGUGUGAAGCAUGCGAGUCGCUUGGAUACAAGUCACCUACACCGAUCCAGGCCGAAUCCAUUCCAUUGGCAUUGCAAGGGCGAGAUCUCAUAGGGCUGGCAGAGACGGGCAGCGGAAAGACGGCAGCAUUCGUACUGCCCAUACUACAAGCCCUCAUGGAGAAGCCACAACAACUGCAUUCUCUGAUCUUAGCGCCGACAAGAGAACUGGCGUACCAAAUUUCACAGUCGGUGGAGGCGCUGGGUUCAGUGAUCGCUGUCCGCUGCGCCGUCUUAGUCGGGGGGAUGGACAUGAUCCCUCAGGCGAUCGCUCUCGGCAAAAAGCCUCACGUUAUCGUUGCAACACCAGGUCGGUUACUGGACCAUCUCGAAAACACAAAGGGAUUCUCACUACGACUGCUCAAGUACCUUGUUAUGGACGAAGCUGAUCGGCUGCUGGACCUUGAUUUCGGACCGAUUUUGGACAAAAUUCUGAAGAUCUUGCCUAGAGAAGGCAGGAAGACAUAUUUGUUUUCGGCCACCAUGUCGAGCAAAGUCGAGUCCUUACAACGAGCAUCUCUUUCCAACCCUCUCCGAGUUGCGGUGUCCCAGGACAAAUAUCAGACUGUUUCAACCCUGAUACAGUCCUACCUCUUUGUCCCUCACAAGCAUAAAGAUCUCUACCUGAUUCACGUGUUGAAUGAGCACGCAGGCCACACGGGGAUCAUAUUUACCCGGACGGUCAACGAGGCCCAGCGUAUCUCUAUUCUUCUGCGGACUCUUGGCUUCUCUGCGGUACCCAUCCAUGGCCAGCUCUCCCAGCAUGCUCGAUUGGCUGCACUCAACAAGUUUCGUGCGAAAUCUCGCAAUUUAUUAGUAGCUUCGGAUGUGGCUGCCCGUGGUCUCGAUAUUCCCUCGGUCGAUCUUGUGAUUAAUUUCGAUCUUCCCCAGGACAGCAAGACUUAUAUCCAUCGAGUUGGGCGUACGGCAAGAGCGGGGAAAAGUGGCAAGGCCAUCUCCUUCGUCACUCAAUAUGAUGUGGAGCUUUGGUUGAGGAUUGAGGGCGCUCUUGGGAAAAAGUUGGACGAAUACCAGGCCGUGAAAGAAGAAGUCAUGGUUUUAGCGGAGAGGGUCGGAGAUGCGCAGAGAGCAGCUGCUAUGGAGAUGAAAGAGCUGCAUGAGAACAGAGGCAUGAAAGGAGCGACUCUGCGACACACCCGAACGGGCAAAGGUGGUGGGACCAAACGAGGUCGUGAUAACAUGGAUAAAGAUGAGGGCUAG